CACCUACGAUGUUGAAGACCUUAAAUAUUUUCUUCUUUGAUCACCACCAUAUACACCUUAUAUCUCCUUUUGAGCUGGCCUCAUCCUUUAGAGUGAUCGAAUAAUGUUGACCAUGAGAUCAUCUUUCUCCUUUAUUACAGCUGGUCUGCUUUCUAUUCUUAUGUUUCGGCCUUUACCAGCUCUGGCAGCGGUAAGAGGGUUGGCUUGGGGUGUCAACGAUGCUUGGGCACCAACAAUCGCCGAUAAGCCAUUAAUCACUUGGGCAUAUCAUUGGCAACUAGGACCGAUUGAAACGUUACCCGACAAAGUGGAAUAUAUACCUAUGAAUUGGGGACCAAAAUAUGUAUCCGAAUGGGCAGAACGUGUAGUAGAAAUGAAUUGUUCUCUACCCAAGUAUAUCCUUGCAUAUAAUGAACCAGAUGUUGUCUCACAAUCCAACAUGACUCCUCUCGAAGCAGCACUUGAUUACAUUGCUGAAUUGGAACCUUAUCGGCAAAUGGGCGUGCAAGUUAGCAGUCCUCAGAUUGCAUGGAAUUAUACUUGGCUGGAUGCAUUUCUUACAGAACUCCGCUCGAGAGGUAGUGAUGUUGAUUUUAUUGCCGUUCAUUAUUAUGGAUCCUAUAAUAGUUUAGACUAUGCCCAAAGUUAUAUCUCACAAGCAUGGAGCAAAUAUAAGCUGCCUAUUUGGGUUACCGAGAUUGGAACGACAAAUGCAUCAAAAGGUACGAAUGCACAAGUACGUCAAUUUAUGAUUGAUUUCAUUAAAUGGCUCGAUUUAAAGGCUUAUGUGAAACGGGUAGCAUGGACUGGUUGUUAUGCGUUGAAUAAUCCACCUGAUAAUUAUAUCAGCAAAUAUACAAGCAUGUUCUUCCCUGAUGGACAAUUACGAAGGAUAGGGAAAGAGUAUGCUUCUAUUUCUGCUAAGCCGGCCAAACACCGAAAACGAUCCGUUAUUCAAUUAAUCAGUGAUGGUCAUGGUCCGGCUUCUAUGACAUUUGCUCGUUCAUUAAAGCAAGCAAAAGAUGGUAAGCCAUGGGAUACAGAAUUGCAAUUGGAUAAAUAUAAUCUAGGUACAAUCAGAACUCGCUCAACCGAUAGCUAUGUGACAGAUUCAGCAGCAAGUGCAACUGCUUAUUCGUGUGGUGUAAAGAGUAAGAACGCAUAUAUUGGCGUAGAUGAUGCAAAGGUUGCUUGUGGUACAGUAUUGGAAGCCGCUAAACAAAAGAAUUAUAACACUGCUUUAGUUACUACAAGUCGGGUAACACACGCAACUCCUGCAAGUUAUGCUGCCCACAUUGAUGAUCGUGACUUAGAAAACGAGAUUGCAGCUCAAGAAUUAGGAGAGACUGUUUUAGGUCGUCAAGUUGAUCUUAUUUGGGGAGGUGGUUUACGACAUUUUACACCAAAUUCAACUUCCGGUUCUUCUCGUACAGAUUCUCGUGAUCUUGUUGCAGAAGCACAAAAAGCAGGUUGGGACGUCGUGCUUAAUAAGACUCAAUUUGAUAAAUAUCAAGGUGGUAAAGCCGUCAAAUUACCCAGUUUAGGAUUGUUCACAAAAAGUCAUAUGGCGUACGAGAUUGACCGAAAUGCAACAAUGGAACCAAGCUUAACAGAAAUGGCAAUCGCAGCUUUGACCGCACUUAAGCAAGCAGAUAAGCCAUUCUUCAUCAUGAUCGAAGGGGCAAGGAUAGACCAUGCAGCACAUAAUAAUGACCCGAUUGGUCACUUUUACGAUAUUGUGGAGUACAAUAAUAUGUUUGAAGCCGUUGUCAAAUGGAUUGAUGAGAAUGAAAGUGGUUCACCAAAUGAGCCAGAGUACAUCGUCAUUUCGACAAGUGAUCACGAAUGCGGCGGUUUAACAUUGGCCGAACAGAGAGUGGAAGAUGAAGUGGCCGCAUAUGUAUGGUACCCAGACGUUCUCUUUGGCGCAAAACAUUCGACCGAAUUCCUGUCUGCUCAAUUUUUGUCGUGGGCCAUGAAUAAGAGCGACUCUGAUCAAUUCAACUAUAUGCGUGAUACAAUCAUCAAAGAUAACCUUGCCGUUGCCGAUGUUCAAGAUGAUGAAGUACAACGAGCAGUAGAUUUGUCAAAAGAGAGCGAUAGUGGUUUAAGUUUGACAAUCUGGUUGGCCAGCAUCAUGAAUUGGAGAGCACACUUAGGUUGGUCCACAACUGGCCAUUCCGGUGUAGAUGUUUUACUAUAUGCCUAUAUAAAAAGCAAAAAGGGAAAUCUUAUCUUGGAUCAAUUCAAAGGAAACCAUGAGAAUACUUGGAUCGGUCAAUGGACAGCAAAGUAUCUCAAUCUGGAUCUUGAAAGUGUCACACGUAAGCUGAACAACGGUUCUGAUGUUCUACCAGGAGCAAGUUCGGCAAACAAGACAACGUAUACCGGAGAAUAUCAUUCAGGUACCAAGCGUGUUUUGCCUAAUCGUCCAUCGCAAAAACGUGAUGUCGGUUAUUCGCAUUUGGAGAAUACGCAAUUGUUCAGCGAUUACGCCAAAAGGGCUGGAGAGGUACAUGAAAGAAGUCAUUCAUUUGCAGCCCGUAGUCGUAUUGAACAUCGUUCUGAAUUGUGA